CCCUCUUCUCUCUUUCUCGUUCUCGUUCAGACUCUCUCCUCUUGUGUUCUCUAUCUAUCUAAUCUUAUACCCUGCAAUUAGCAAACCCUACACACCUGUCUCUCUCUGAAUCUCGGAACCCUAGCUCCUCCCAUUCCCUUCGCCCUUCGCCUUCCAAACCACUCCUCACAAUCUUCUUCAUCUUCUUCUUAAUCUUCAUCUUCGUCUUCAUACUCUUCUCUUUCUCGUUCUUCUUCCGUUCUUUCUGGAUCUCUCUGUUCACCUUCGAAUUCCACCAAUUUCGAGCUCCACCAAACAUGGGCGACGGCAAGGUCAAUCUCCCCGACGAUCUCUUCUCCUCCAAGCCCUCCGAUUCCAAAGAUGAAGCAUCCGCGGUACAUGGCACGGAGAAAGGGAUUGCUGGGCUACUUGAUGAUUCGAAAGAUCAAGUUUCAUUGGACAGCAGCAUCCCAUUAUCCCCGCAGUGGCUUUAUUCCAAACCUGUUGACUCAAAAGCAACUGCCAACCCAGUGGGGGCGAACCCCACUGAUCCCAUACUGAAAGAUAGUUGGCGUUUGGAGGGUUCUCAAGACAAGAAAGAUUGGAGGAGGACUGCUCCAGAUGUUGACAUAAGUCGUCGCUGGCGUGAGGAGGAAAGAGAAACAAGCUUGCUUGGUAGAAGGGAUCGCAGAAAAGAAGAGCGUCGUGCGGAGAUUACGUCAACCUCAGAGAACCGAUCCUUGCCUGCUGAUCGCUGGCAUGAUGGCCGUGGUUCUGGUCAUGACUCUCGGAGAGAGAACAAGUGGUCAUCAAGAUGGGGUCCUGAAGACAAAGAAAAGGAUUCUCGAAUUGAGAAAAGGAAUGAUGUUGAGAAGGAAGAUGGUCAUGCAGAGAAACAGUCUUCUGGUGUUAGCAAUCGACAAGGGUCUGAUCGUGACACAGAUUCUCGUGAUAAAUGGAGACCACGUCAUCGAUUGGAAGCUCAAGCAGCUGGUGUGGCCACAUACCGUGCUGCACCUGGAUUUGGGAUGGAUAAAGGACGUACAGAGGGAACAAAUGUGCGAUUUUCACCUGGAAGAGGAAGGGCAAAUAUAAAUGGAAAUCUGCAAAUUGGAAGGCCUCCCUUGGGAUCUAGUGUGGGCUCUGCACUUGUGGAUAAGAAUAGAACUAUACUGGGGAAGUCUAGCCUUGGUGUCGAGUCAUAUUACUAUCCCAGGGGUAAGAUUCUUGACAUAUAUCGCAAGCAAAAGAUUGAUCCAACUUUUGACAGUAUGCCUCCUGAGUUGGAGCAUACUUCACCCAUAACUCAACUGGAAUCUGUAGAGCCAUUAGCAUUUGUUGCUCCUGCUGCUGAAGAAGAGGCUGUCCUUAAGGAUAUAUGGAAUGGAAAAAUUACUAGUAGUGAAGUUUCGGGAUACUCAUUUAGAGGAAAGGAUGGAGGGUUGAAUGAUGAUAUUUCAGGUCCUGGUACAGCCUUAAGUGAAGGAAAACAAACUUUAAUUGACGGUGGUGGAAAGGUUAUCUCGGGAAUUGAAAUCUCAAAUGAUUCUGAUCAAAUUGCUGGUUCAUCUAGAAAUGCAGUUAAUGAUGUUGCAACUUUCCAACUAGGCAAGCAGAAACAUAUGUCAUCAGCUGUUGUGCAUGGGAGAGUGGAGAAUUCUGACAACAAUAACAGGGAGGGAACUAUCACCAUAAACAAAGUUGUUGAAUCAGAAACCUUCGAUGGCGAUAAGGGGCAUACCAAUCAUGGUGUUGAUUCAUUUUCUGCGUCAGAACUCAAUAAUAACCUGCCUGAUGCAUUUGGAUUUUCGCCUCUUGAGCAAAAUCCAAGUAUUAAUCAACAGGACCUGAAAUUUAAUGAGAAUGCAUAUUCUUAUGAAAUUGCUGCUGUUCCUGAGGAGUUAAGUUUGUGCUAUCUGGACCCUCAAGGGGCAAUUCAAGGACCAUUUCUUGGGAUUGAUAUAAUUUUGUGGUUUGAACAAGGGUUUUUUGGGUUGGACCUACCAGUUCGCUUGUCAGAUGCACCUGAAGGUUCACCUUUUCAAGAACUUGGUGAUGUCAUGCCUCACCUGAAAGGAAAAUCAGGAUUCAGUUCUGGUACGAACCUGGUGGCUCAAUCAGAAUCAUCAGAUGCCAUUCAAAGGAACCUAAAAGUAGAUGUGCCUAAUUUUGACUUCAAUGGGUCAGCUGUUAAUGAUGAUCAACUUUGGUCUUUAUCCCGUCCGGAUGUUAGCGCGUGUGUUGGUGUUCAGUCUCAAAUACGUAGUCAAAAUUAUCGCUCUGAGGUCCAAUUUUCUGACGAUCAGGCGUUCAGUAAUAUUGUUGCGCCAGAGGAGGAUAUGUCAUUAUCUAAAUUUGCUGGAAGCAGCAAUGACAACCCUUUGAUGAGGCCUGUGGAUGUUGCUUCUUCAUAUCCUCAUCCUAACAAACCUGUCAACAAUGAUGUUUUGGGGAGUGAUGCUCAUAAUGAGUCUGAUAAGUUGCAUCCAUUUGGUUUAUUGAUGUCUGAACUCAGAGAUGGUACUCAUUUAAGGCGUGCACAAUCUUCCAAUAGUUCUUUGAGAUUGGGCGAUCAGGGUCACUUUGUAGAUCCAUUAAUUGAUCGGGAUGCUCCUUUUGCUGAUCAAAGCUCUAUUGGGGGAAUGAUUAAUCAGUCAUCUCUCCGGGAUACAUGGCCUGAUGAAUAUGGGAUGAAUAGGCCUUUUAACCCUAAUAUGCAUGUAGGUUCAUUGGAAGACCAGUUCAUGUCCCAUAUGGGGCAACACUUUAAUAAUUUUGAUGCCCCCGAGCGGAUGAUACUGCAGAAGCUGCAGAAGGAACGCUUGCAGCAGCAGGCUACUGUAUCUAAUCAUUUUCCUGCACAUCUUACUGGGUCUGAUUUAGAGAGAUUUCCAGGUUUUCCUCACACUCAAAGCAAAAACCCCAAUAUCCAGCAAAUGAUGCAGAACUCGGGGUCAGAUUUUGAACGUCUUCUGGAACUUCAGAUCCAGCAACGCCAACUUGAGCUUCAACAGCAACAAGAUAUGCAUCAUCAACAAUUGCUUCAACAGCAUAUGAAGCUACAACCCCAGCAACAGGCCCAAGUUCAGCAAAUGCUGCUUGAACAGCUUUUGCAUCAACAAAUCUCUGAUCCCAAUUUUGGGCAGUCAAAGCAUGAUCUUUCUAGGGAUAACAUGAUGGAUCAGGUACAAUUGAGGAGAUUUCUGAAUGACAUGCAGCAGAAUUCACAUUCUUUAAGACACAUUGAUCCAUCAGUGGAACAGAUUAUCCAAGCAAAUAUGGGCCUCAAUGCUGUCCAAGGGAGGCAAGCUGAUUUAUCAGACCUUUUGUUGCAAGCGAGGCAUGGGAGUAUCAUGCCUUCUGAGCAACAGCUUCACUUUCAGCAAGAUCAGCUGCAGGCACAGCACCAGAUGUCAAUGGCUCUUAGACAGCAGCUAGGAUUGGAAGGGGAAAGACAUUUUGGUAGGUCUUGGUCAAUCAAUGAAACAGGGCAGUUGGUAAGAAAUCCACCAACCCAUCAACUGGGUCAUUCAGCAGGAUUUAAUGUUUCAGAUAUCCACAACCAGCAACAGAGGCUUUUAGCACAAGAGGAGCAAUUAAAUUAUCUAGGAAGGAAUCUUCCUGAGCAGAAUCAGAGAGGGUUCUUUGAUACUAAUCCAAUGAUGUUUGAGAGGUCUGCACCUAUUUCUGUCCAUGGAAGGGAGUUACAAGAUCGUCGUCGUUAUAUGCACCCAACUGAUCCACUGGGUUCUUUAUCUUCUCACCACCUACAAUCAUCUGAUGAUAUUUAUGGUCAUCACUCAGAUGCAUUCAAGAGUUCCCUCUCUGGCAACAACGGACAUGUUGAGAACAGCUGGAUUGACCCACGGAUGCAGCUGCAACACCUUGAAGCUAUGAGGCAGAGGAGGGAGUUAGGGGAUACCAUUGUAUCAACAGAUUUGAACAUUUCUGCAUCUAUGGGAGCUCAUGAAGAGAGUUCAGCACAUGGUUAUAUGGACAUACUUAAUCAAAAACUGGGCCUUCAUUCUGCCCAACCUUCAACUAUUGAUAAGUGGCAUCCUCUUUCAUCAAUAAGUCAUGAAAAAUCUUGGCAAGUGUCUGAGGCUGGCUCAAUAAUUCAUCCUUUUGAGAUUCCACCUGAUCAGCAAGUCCAUAUUAAUGAUCCAUUUUUAGAAAUGGCUUCGAGUGCUAAAUCCAAUUCCCUACUGAAUGAUCAUUUAGCCAACAUGCACAUUACUGAGCAAUACAAUAAUAUAGGGAAUACUGAGAGAAUGCCUCUUCGGUCGAGAUCUGGAUCAUUACUGGAAGAGCAAUCUCUGUUAUCUGGUAAUAAGGAUACUUUAAAUCCCAAUUACAGAAUUCCUCUCAUGAUGGGUAAAUCUAUGGAAAAAGAUUUACUUGAGUUGGAGACAAAUAAGGGGCAGAGGCAUGAAUUUGUAGGUGGCACAAUGAGCAAGUCUAUUCCUGGGAUGUUAGACUUGUCCGAUCAAGUGGAGAGUACGAUGAAUUCCAUGGAACUGCCUGUUAUGGCCCAUAGUAGACAUAGCUCACUAAGCAGUGCAGGAGGUGAUGGGGGCUCAUUUGGUCGUGAUAUGGGUUUGAAUAACUCACGUGCAGAUGAGGUUUCUAGUGACAGAAUCGCUAGUUCAACGAAACAGUUUGAUAAUGCUUUCCAUAAGCGACCCCAUGUAUCUCGUGUUUUAUCCUCCCCUGAUGUUCAGUCAGACCAACCAACUGGAUCCCAUACUAACCCGAACAAUAUAAUGAAUGCUGCAUCUGGUGAAGGACGACGAGAACCAUCUGGAAAUUCGUCAAUGAGUAGCAUGAUGGAUGCUCAGGCUUCUGCAAAGAAAGAAGUUCGAUUUAGAACUUCUUCCUUCAGUGAAGGUGCUGUGGCGGAAACAUCUUUUAUAGACAUGCUUAAAAAGCCUGUUCUUCCUGAGGUGGAUGCACAUGCAGCCAGUGGAGGUGCCACCGAGCCAUCUGAUGGUGGGUUCCAGGCAGCGCGAAGCGGCAAGAAGAAAGGAAAGAAAGGGAAGCAGAUUGAUCCUUCUCUACUUGGUUUCAAGGUCUCCAGCAACCGGAUCAUGAUGGGUGAGAUUCAACGCCCUGAUGAUUGAUACUUUAUUGCUUGCAAAUGUAGAUUAGUUUGUAAAUUUUUUCAAUUCUAUUUUCUUCGAAAUAGUUUUUCCUUUCUUUUUUUAUUUGGGAGGGGUUUUUAGGGUUUAAUGGUGUACAGGCCGUUAUAUAGCAUAGCUAUAAUAUUCAAUACAUCUGUUUUUACGAUAGGUGCAAUAGAUAUUUGUAUUUCAAAUCCCGUUUGGCGAUGACUAGUGUGUACAGUCUCUGAUGAGUGUAUAUUCGAGGAAGCUAUGCAUUCUCGUAUGACGGAUGGUUCAGCGAUUUUUGCGGGACAGUAGAAUUAAUGACAACUAAUUACUUUCUUAA